GGAGGAUAUACGUUGGAGAUGAAAAUUCAGUGUGAUGUGUGUGAGAAGGCUCAGGCGACGGUGAUUUGCUGCGCCGAUGAGGCGGCGCUGUGCGCCAAAUGUGACGUGGAAGUACAUGCAGCGAAUAAGCUUGCAAGCAAGCACCAGAGGCUUCUCCUCGAGUGUCUCUCAAAGUCAAACAAACUCCCUAGAUGUGACAUAUGCCAAGACAAGGCAGCUUUUAUAUUCUGCGUCGAAGACAGAGCCCUCAUUUGUCAGGAUUGCGACGAAUCGAUUCAUUCAGCGAAUAGCCGCGCUGCAAACCACCAGAGGUUCCUAGCCACUGGAAUCCGAGUGGCUUUGAACUCCGGUUGUUCUAAGGACACUGAACCGAAUAGCUUGGAGCCACCCAGUAGUCACAGCUCACACACGAUCGUUUCAACAAAAGUUCCAACACCACAGGCUUCUGGUUUCUCGUCCCCUUGGGGUGUUGAUGACUUGCUGCAAUUAACCGAUUUUGAAUCUUCCGACAAGAAAGAGUCUUUUGAGUUUGGUGAGCUUGAAUGGAUAGCAGAUAUGGGUAUUUUCGGCGUAGAGCAAUUUCCUCAGAAAGCGUUGGCAGCAGCUGAAGUUCCUCAGCUUCCACCGUCGCAGGCAACCAAUUUUACCUCGUAUAGACCUGCCAAAUCGAACAGUCCAUACAAGAAGCCUCGAAUCGAAAUGCUGGAGGACGAUGAUGAUCAUUUUACUGUCCCUGAUCUUGGCUGAUUUUAAACGCAUAUCAACUGGUUUCAUGGUAUUAGUUGACACGUUGAAUUACAUAAUGUCCAUACAAAGUAAUGCUUGUAUGCAUUUAUGUAUGUGUACAAGAAUUUAUAAUGCGUUUUCGGGAUUUACCAUUUUAUUUGAUCCAUCGGCAUGUAAUUUCGCCUACUCUGGCAACAAGACCGUACUCCGUAGAAACAUAUGCCUGUUAUUUUAGUUCAUGUCGAUUGAAAAUAAAACUGUUGUGGGUAAUUGAUA